AUGUCUCCAACCUCCCUCAGGAUAUGGAAGAAGCUCUCUCGGAAUGUAACCUCUCUGACUGAGGGCUCCACCAGACGUUCCCAACAGACCCUCACAGUACACCUGGGCCUGACUUCCUUCUCUGCCAGCGGCUCCAACUCACCACAAGGCCCUGUGCCUCGCCAGCCGUGCAAACCCAAGGGUCACUGCCUCAAGGUCAUCAUUGGUAGGGAGGUGGAUGACUUUGUGACGCAGGGCCACCACCUCCCCAGUGACCCUGUGGACGAUGCAGUGGACAGUGGAGCGUGGUAUCCCAAACACUCGAGAGACCACCCGUUCACACGGAGAAUCACGGAGCGGGAGGCAGACCAGGCGGGCGGAGUGCAGGUCGGGGACGAGGAAACCGGGACCGGGGUGCAGGCAAGAGCAGGGCGAGACCGGGGCAGGCUGGUCCGGCGUAGUCCAGAGAGCGGAGUCCGAGACCGAAGACAAACAAUGGAGGAAGGAGUGAGCGAGGUGCUGUCCAGUGUGGUGCAGGAUGUCGAUCUGGUCGUCAGCAGCAACAGUGGAGCUCAGAUUCUGCAGGAGUUACUGAGCGUGCCGUGGCUCAGUGCUCUGCUCAAGAUUUAUGAGAGUCUUCUGCAGUUCAAGAGACUGAGGCCGACUCCUCUGCUGCCGUACUCCGCUGGACUCUCACACGAGAUAAUGUGUGCGAUGUCGAAGAUCCAGCGUCCGUCAUCUGAAGCCAGAGAGCUGUUCAGACUCCUCUGCUCUCCUCACGUGAAGGCCCUGCUCCGGUCACAUGACACUGUGGCUCAGCAGGACUUUGACCCGGUCCUGGAGCCUCUGCCCGACGACCUGCCGGACGAUGAGGAGGCUGUGCGCAUCGUGUGUCUCGUCAAGAACAACCAACCUCUGGGCGCGACAAUAAAACGGGAUGAAAAAAAUGGACAGAUCUACAUCGCCAGAGUCAUUCACGGCGGACUGGCGGAUCGCAGCGGUCUACUUAACGCUGGAGAUGUUUUGCUGGAGGUGAAUGGAAACUCAGUGGCAGGUUUAGAUCCAGAACAAGUCAUAAAAAUGCUGGUUAAAUCACGCGGCACAAUCUUGUUCAAAGUCAUCCCCAACUCGAGUCAAAACUGCAGCAGUCAGAAGUCAGUGUACAUGAGGGCGAUGGUGGACUACUGCCCCCUGGAGGACAGCUCUAUCCCGUGUCCCGCCGCAGGUGUGGGCUUCUCUCGGGCCGAUAUUCUGGAGGUGGUGGACCAGUCGGACGGACAGUGGUGGCAGGCGCGGAGACUCCCCUCCUCUGGGUCCUGUGCCGGACUCAUCCCCUCCGCCAGCAACCUGAAGAGUAAGCAGAGGGAGCUGUGGUGGUGUCAGCCUUUACAGUCUCACACCUGCAUCAAACCACUGACUUCAGCCAGGGUCAUGAACGAGUCCUCCUCCGGGUCCGAGAAAGACCAAACACAAAUCGAUGACCAAAAUGUAGCCGCAGAUGAAGGUGACGCAGAUGAAAUGGACAAGCUGUACAUCGCUGGUUUUCGCAGAAGUUUUCGUUUCUGGCGGAGGAGCUCGUUGAGGAGGAGGAGACAGUCAUGUUCAUCCUGUUGCCCUGGUAACAGUGCUUUGGCCACACCCUAUGAGGAAGUGACUCUGUACCAGCGCCCCCUGCAGGACAUGCACAGACUCAUCGUUCUUGUGGGUGCAUCUGGUGUUGGAGUCAAUGAACUGAGGAAAAGACUCAUCAGAAUUAACCCUUUAAUUUUCCAGGGACCUGUUCCACACACGACUCGUCCGAUGAGAGCGGAGGAGCAGACCGGGCGAGAGUACGUCUUUGUGAGUCGAGAGCAGUUUGAUCACAUGAUCUCCAACCACAGGUUCGUAGAGUACGGCGAGCACAGGGGACAUCUGUACGGAACCAGCUUUGACGCCAUAGAGGAAGUUCUUCAACAGGGACGAAUCUGUGUCAUCGACGUCGAACCAAGAAGUGUCCAGUCCCUGAGGACGAAGACGCUCAAACCUUUUGUCAUUUUCGUCAAAGUCCCAGAUUCUCAUAAACUGAGGGAAACCCGGAGAAAGGCUCACGUCUUAACCAAACACGGCUAUAACCGGACGUUUACGGAGGACGACUUUGUGGAGUUGGAGGAAACGUCGAAACUCAUUGAACUAAAGUACAGGCAGUUCUUUGACUCUGUUUUAGUGAAUGGAGAUCUGAACCAGUCCUGUCUCCAGCUCUGCUCCCUGGUCCAACGAGCCCAGGACCAGGACAACUGGGUCCCUGUGAGCUGGACCAGAGAAGACCUGUGA